AUGAGCGACAAAACAUCCGGAGCACAGAGGGGCGCUGGCAUUCAAUUAUAUAUGCAGUCGGCCACCAGAAAAAAGCAGGGGAAUCACUUUUCGAUGCGCCAUGGAUGUCAAUCCUCAGGGUAUCCGUCAUGCGACCAUGACGACGUGUUGAACGUGAGAGCCCAUUUAUUAUAUCUGAGCUCUGUGCCUGGAGUAUAUACUACCCGCUAUUUGCAACUCUCCAACUUUGUAGGAAAAAUGAGCCAACCAGGCUACAUCUCUGUCCUCCACCGCUUCAAUGAGUCGCGCGGCUCUGUUACACGAUGGGACACCCGCAGAGUCAGAGCUCGUUAG